AUGGUUCAUGUAUCGGAGGAUCAAGUGAUCCAAUUUUCCAUUGAUGAGGUGAAGAUGGAAGGGGUCCAGCAGCUCACCAAAGGAAAGUCGGCUCUUCCGAGUCAGACGAACCAGGCCCAGCCUUUUGCGAAAAUCACCAGUAGAAAGGCUAGUCCUCGGGGAUUCUCCAUCAACAAACCUCCUAAAAUCCAGAUUGGGGGCGAUCUCCCCAAACAGUAUGGCCUGUGUAAAACGGAGAAAAAUCGCAAGGCAGAGGGACUGGAGAUGAGGUCUGAUCGUGAAUGUGAAAACGGUCCUGAUGAUACCUCAAACUCUCGAGAAAUGGAAACACAAACUGCUGCUAUUUUUGCACAUACUCGGCGCCGUCGUCUCAUCUCGGAGAUAGACCCCGAUGAUGAUGCUCUGGACCUUGACCUACCGCCCGUCACCGUCGCUCCUGGAAAGGCUUUGAAGGGCUCCGAUCAAGUAGGUGGCGACAAUGAUGAUGUCGCGUAUAAGGUCAAUAUCUUCGAGGUGUCUGACCGGGGCACUUUCCUUGACCUGGGGCAAGUUCCCAAAUUGGGUAAAGGACCCUCUGGCCCAGUUGUGAAGGCGGCCCACAAGGCUACAAAAGGCAGGCUGCGCAAGGCUAGGCUGCCGAUGGAUGAUUCUCCUUCACCUGCUCGCGGCCCAGAAUGGGCGGAAGACCUGGUGCGGGUUGGUGACAUCAAUGGGCCGGCCCAUUGUUCUGUCCCCAUGAAAGAAACCGUGCAAGCCCUUGUCUCGGCUAAAUCAGAGUUGGAGGAAGAAGAGCAAUGUUUUGAAAUUAAAAGGAGACCGCCUCCCUCUUUGCCUAAAGGAAAAAAUGUGGCUAGAAAUCGGGGGCGUUUGAGCCAAGUUGUCGCGGCAUUUGAGGCUGGGCUGUCCAUUUCUCAUUCGGCACCUCCCCCACAGGAGCAGGAGAAGGAAUGUGCUCAAGGACGGAUGAGCCAGGAGAAGCUCCAGGUGGAGGAAGCCAGCCAUAAAUGGCCCCAAGAGGAUCAAUGA